AUGACUGAUCCCCAGCUCGGGACCUUAUAUUCCAGCGAUGACCUCAUUCGCGCAGGUUAUACCUACACCUAUCUAUCCCCUAUGAACCUGAACCUUUCUCAGGCUUAUGUUUCAGACGGCCUCCUGGCUCCUGAAGCCCCAGCAUACAAAGCGAUCGUUGUGACAAGUGACCAGAAUGUCACCUUGGCCGGUGUCAAGGCUCUCCAGGACGAUGCCAAUGCUGGACUCCCUGUCAUCUUGAGCGGCGGUCUUCCAGGGUAUUACCCCAACGGUGCAGCGACUGACAAGGCCGCUGUAUACGCUGCUCUUGAGACGCUCAACGGCUCUCGAAAUGUCUACACGACUGACAAUGGACUGGUUGCUUCAAAGCUCCAGCAGCUCAACCUCACUCCGCGCGUUGCGGUCCAAACCAACGGCACAAGGUAUCCGGUACUCCGCACCGAUAACAGCACAGAUUACAUUUACAUCUUCUCCAAGGAUUCAUCCUCCCAGGGCCAUAUCACUGUCAGCUCCACCAAGGCCCCCUAUCUUCUCGAUAGUUGGACCGGAAAGACCACCCCAUUACUCCACUACCAAACAAUCGGCAACAGAACAAUUAUCCCCCUUCGCCUUGCUGCAAACCAAACAAUCGCUCUUGCCUUCAGCAGCCAGUUGAAGUCUGAGGUUGCUACUCCACCCCUUCACGCAGUGCGUCUCCCCUCCAAUGUCCUGGGGUACAGCUACACCACUGCCCACGGUCUUCUCCUUCACACAUCCACUGAUGUCUGCAACAACUGCAUUUUCCAACUCUCCAAUGGAACAACCUACAACCUAGCCGUCAACGCCACCACCUCCACAACAACCCUAACAAACUGGACCCUCGUCACCGAACACUGGGAAGCUCCCAGAAACAUGUCCAACGCGGCCAUCCAAGCAGUCAAGCGCAACACAACCAACCCAUCACCUCGACGCCUUGGUCUCCUGGCUUGA